AAUUAUUGAGAAUAGUAAAAUAGUUAAUUUAGCAAAUAUUAGUAUUGUCUUAAUUUAUUAUGUCUGAGUUGAAAGUAUCGACAUUUUUAGUAAUUUUACAUAAUGACAACUAUAAAAUAAACUAUGUUUAGUCAAUAGAAGAUUUUUUGUUCUUGAAAAGUAUAUCUAAGUACAAACUAUAUUAAUAUUUAAAAGUAUGGCAAAUCAAUUUGAAUUCAUCACUAUGGGCAUUCCCGGUUUAACCUCAUUUAUCAAUCGAAAUUCAACACAGUUCUUUGAGAAUUAUCAAUUGAAAGACACAUUAAUAAUAAUAGACGGCUUUGCUCUUACCAACUUUCUGUACAAACUUUAUGAAAACCAAACAAGUGCAUUUGGCGGAGAUUACGAUACUGUUGCAAAUGUUUACAGAGAUUUUAUAAAUUUGCUGUUAAGAUGCAACGUCACUCCAAUAUUUGUUUUUGACGGUGCAUACGAGCAACGCAAAAUUGAAACUAUAAUGAGCCGUAUGAGUGGUCGAAUUCAAACUUAUGGUCAAGCAAUAAAAACCUGCGAUUGUAUGCCUUAUUUUGCUAGCGACAUAAUAUUUGAUAUUCUAAACGAUAUGGACGUACCACAUGUAAGUUGUGACUUUGAAGCAGACGCUGAGAUAGUAGCUUUGGCCAAAUUAUUGAAAUGUCCUGUUCUCAGUCGAGAUUCAGAUUUUUAUCUCGAUAGAGUUCCAUACAUACCUUUGGACAUGAUAUUGUUAGACUUGAAAUCCCAAGAACUGUUUAUUAACUGUCGUUUGUACAGAGUGGAAAAGUUGUUACAAGAAUUUGGCGGAAUAAGUUUAAACUAUUUACCAUUAGUUGCGGCGUUAAUGGGAAAUGAUUACAUAAGGACUGAUACGUUUGCCCUUCCUUUGAGAUUGAGUCCUGGUACUUUUAAUAGCGGUUUAAAACUGAAAAAAAUUUCUGAAUGGUUACGAAGACAAAAGGAUGUCAACAGUGCGAUAUACAACAUGACGCAUCAUUUGACCCACAGUAAAGACUAUAUAAAAAAGCAAAUACAAAAUAUCAUACAAGAGUACGAGAACACGGAAAGCAAGUAUUUACCGUUUAUUUUACAAUACAAAUGUAUGAAUAAGUUUCGAGCUAAUUCAAUAAGUGACAUAAAGGAAAAAUACAAAUGUAUACUUCCCGGGUGGCUUGAAAAUAACUAUCGUAAAGGAACUGUUAAUGCCACUAUUAUGACUUUGAUAACAAUGAGAAAAAUGUUUUUUAAAAUACAAAUUGACAACUACGAGAAACCGCCCUACUAUUUAAUUUGCAUGCGAGUCGUCGAAACAAUAGCUGGUCUGCUUUUUGGUAAAAGCGAUACGUUUCUGAGUUUUGGCAGGAAAAAUGGGUUCAAUCAAGGUACUUACAAAUUAAAACCUCUCCUACCUAAUCCUUAUGUUCCCCUAAUGGACUUAAACAAGACCGAUUUAGAGUACCGUAAAAAUAUUAUUUUAAAGCUAGUUCGACUUCCAAAAUUGAGUAACAUUCCAAAAGAAUGGGAAGUUUUUAUUUUAGCUUUGACGUAUUGGGCAACACACACUAACAACCAGAAAUCAAACUGCAUUCCAGCGUUUGUUGUUUGUGCAAUAACAUUGAACUUUGUUAAUAAAACUAAUAAUGGAUCAGAAAAUCAACCAUUUAAAAUUGAAGUGCCCGAGAAUAAGAUGGAAGAAAGUAUAUGCAAUUUGAAAAAUGAAGAUUGCAUUCGAACGAGAGUUGUACUAUCCAAGUACGAAACUGUUAGUGAAUAUAACGAUAAAAAAUUCUAUAACAAAACUAUCCACUCGUUUGCUCAACUCCAAGGCAGUAUAUACUUUAUGAUGAUCCUUAAUUCAAUUUUGGAUUUUCCCUUUGGACAAUGUCGGGUAGAGAAUUUUUUCAAAGGAACAUUACUCUAUAACUUAUGUGUCGAGAUGGAUAAAUGUGAUUCUAAAUUAUUUGUGUUGGAGAAAAUAUUUUGUAAUUCAGAAUCAUUAGCUACCCUGUAUAGUUCUAUAAUAGAAAUUUUAGAAGUUUUAUUUGCAACGCCUCUAGUAAAGAGGAAAAUGUCAAGUGCCAGUGGAAGCAAAUCGCAGACACCAAACAAAACCAAAAUUUUCAACAAAAAUAGAAAAAAAUAAAUAUAUAAUUUUGUUAUUGCGAAUUUAAAAGUUAUUAUUUAUAUAUUAUUUGUAAAUAUACAAAGAUUGUAUCUAUACGACAACUUGAAUGUAUCAAACAACUAAUGGAGUGAUUAUAUUUCAUUAGAAGUUAUACCUGUUAAAUAUACCAUAUAUUAUUAUUAGAAUGUAAAUAGAAAUGUUUUAUUUAGUUUUGUGGAAACUAUGCAACAACAGUAUAUAAAAGUAAUAGUAC